AUGUUCGAUGAGUUCGGAGUUGAUAGUCUCGUUAACUCGCUCUUUGUUACAAAAUCUGCUCUUCAUAUAAAUUUGCGUGUGAAGAUCGCUGUCGCGUAUUUGCCUGGUACUGUGGCUCUCCGUGAAAUUCGUCGCUACCAGAAGUCAACUGAGUUGCUCAUCCGUAAGCUCCCGUUCCAACGUUUGGUUCGUGAAAUCGCACAGGACUUCAAGACAGAUCUUCGUUUCCAGAGCGCAGCGAUUGGCGCCUUGCAGGAGGCAAGCGAGGCAUACCUUGUCGGGCUUUUCGAAGAUACCAACUUGUGCGCUAUUCAUGCUAAGCGUGUAACCAUCAUGCCAAAGGACAUUCAGUUGGCUCGCCGCAUCCGAGGCGAACGCGCUUAAUCAUUGCACAUGCUUGCGCGUUACUCGAGUCGUUUUCCUCUACGUUUUUUUUUCUUCUCCCAACCCGACGGUCGUCAAUUUAUUUCAGAUCCACUGCCGCGAGAGUGGGUUGAACACAGCACUUUGAGUUGCGAGUUUGGUAUGAUUGUGACGGUGGGAUUUGGCGGCUCGGCCGGUGGUUAAUCCCCGAGUAGUGGGCUGACCAGAAAUUUUCUUUCUGUCGGUUUUCUACUUUACAAACUUUUGCAGUGUGAAUGAUGACUCUUUGAAUUGUGCCGCUUUAUUCUUCGUAGUAAACGGAAUGUGUGAUUUACUUUCCCCAUUCACCUAUUAUCGGUUGAUUCCAUUUCCUCGGCGUUCGUCGUGUAAAUAUUCUAUUAUGUGUGAAUCGACAAACUUCGGUUUAUUAUUUUUUGGUUUCGACAUGAUCUGUUAUGCGUGAAGUACUGUUCGUCUAAAUCUCCGGGGGUAUCUUCAGAAAUUCGUUUUCCUGCUUUUCUGUGCGACAAACGCGAUGUAUGUCUUGAAUUUCGAUUGGAAUUCAUGCAGAGCUGGAGUCUGAUCUCAUUUGUCGUAAUAUCCUCGCCGCGCUGCCGAACAAGACCGAUGGCUGGAGCUGCCCAGCUCCGAAAUCGAGUGCUGGAUGUUCAUUUUUGUUUCAGUCUUAUUUCCACCCCGGGGAUCUUUCUUAUUUUCAUUGAACCUCUUCGCAGUAUAUUAAAAAUCUUCAUUGUGACGUUUUCUUGCAGUCUCUUUCUUUUCGAGAAAACGAUAAGCUCGAUUGCAUGCGUGUUGAGCAGAUCGGCCGUCACCGCUCAGAUUUGUUUUGAUAGGAAGAUGUGAGAGCACUUGAUGCAUAAUUCCAGUAGUUGGUGCCCUUCUUGAUGUACAUUGUUGACAUAUUGUCAGCUGUCCGAAGUGUCCAAUUCGUAAUGUGAGUUUCUUAUCGUGAAUGGUCGGGUAGCGACGUUGAUGUAAAGAUCGAUUUUGGAGAACCAA